CAGGGAACAGAUAGACACGGACACAAAAUGUGUCACAACACCACCGACGUCACAGCCGCUUUAGUUUCAGCUGUUGACUCCGGCUGAAGUUCGCAGUUUCUCUUGCUAUGCCUGCUGCAGAGACGUAAAGACAAACACACACACACACACAGACCUUCAGCUCGCAGGGACCCUGGUGUGACUUACGUAUUUUAACCUCGUCUUAGUGCCGCUCGGACUCAAACAUGUUUUCUCUGACCGUCCAGCCGCAGGUGACUUUACCUCUGAGCCACCUCAUCAACAUCCUGCACUCCAUGAAGAGCUCAGUGGGCAGCAGCAGCAGCAGCAGCACAUCAAGAAAACACAAUGAGCACGCCUCAGACUCAGAACACCGCACAGAGCCCAUGUUGAACCUGCGUGAGCUCGGCUUAUCAGACUUGGGAGAGCAGCAGCUGGAUGAGCUGGUGAACCGUGUGUUACCACAUUUGAGUCCGCAGCAGGCAGCGCUCCCAUUGGGUGGACAGACGGCCUGGAGGACCUCGCAUCUCUCCACACACUCCUUUUUCUACAAUAAGCAUGGCUUCUCGUAUGGUGCAAUGCCCAUGUCAGCCCCGGGCUUUUCCUGGCAGCACACUUCACCUCUUCAGACUGUCAGUACAGAGCUACAACACUGGCCAGCGUGGAUCCAGAGCAGAGGCUUUAAAACUUUAAGGAGCAAAACCAGACGACUGCAGUCAGGCUCGGACCGCCCCCUGGAAUCUGAAGGGUUCACACCAUCCUUUAUGAAGGGUUUCCUGACACGUGACAAGGGGGUUGAAGUUGAAAGUCUUGACAGCAUAUUGAAGAACAGGAACAUACCUGAUGGGCAGCAGGAUGCGUUCAAGAGGGGCUUCGCUGAGGGUUUCCUGAAAGCUCAAGCACUGACACAACGAACGCAAGAUUCUCUCAGGAGGACUCGUCUCAUCCUGCUGGUGCUGCUUCUUGUUGGACUCUAUGGGAUCUCCAAGACUCCUUUUAUAUCGGUGCGGUUCCGAACCACAUCAGGCCUGGACUCUGCCGUGGACCCUGUCCAGAUGAAAAAUGUGACGUUUGAGCACGUCAAAGGGGUGGAGGAAGCUAAGAAUGAGCUGCAGGAAGUGGUGGAGUUCCUGAAAAACCCACAGAAAUUUACAGUCUUGGGUGGAAAGCUGCCAAAAGGUGUUCUACUGGUUGGCCCUCCGGGGACGGGAAAGACUUUACUGGCCAGAGCGGUGGCAGGAGAGGCAGAUGUGCCAUUCUACUACGCCUCUGGGUCUGAGUUUGACGAGAUGUUCGUCGGAGUGGGAGCCAGCCGCAUCAGGAACCUUUUCAGGGAGGCUAAAGGCAACGCCCCAUGUGUGAUCUUCAUUGAUGAACUGGACAGUGUAGGUGGGAAGAGGAUUGAGUCUCCCAUGCACCCUUAUUCCAGACAGACUAUCAACCAACUACUUGCUGAGAUGGAUGGGUUUAAACCAAAUGAAGGCGUGAUCAUCAUUGGAGCAACCAACUUCCCAGAGGCUUUGGAUAAUGCCCUGAUCCGCCCAGGACGCUUUGACAUGCAGGUGACUGUCCCCAAACCAGACGUGAAAGGACGCACAGAGAUCCUCAACUGGUAUUUAAAGAAGAUUAAAGUGGAUCCAGCUAUUGAGGCCAAUAUUAUUGCCCGGGGCACAGUGGGCUUCUCUGGCGCUGACCUGGAAAAUCUGGUCAACCAGGCUGCACUGAAGGCGGCAGUUGAUGGCAAAGACAUGGUCACCCUGAAGGAGCUGGAGUUUGCUAAAGAUAAAAUUCUAAUGGGCCCUGAGAGAAGGAGUGCAGAGAUAGACAAGAAGAACAAGCUCAUCACGGCAUAUCAUGAAUCAGGGCAUGCAAUUGUAGCUUACUACACCAAAGACGCCAUGCCAAUCAACAAGGCUACUAUCAUGCCCAGAGGCCCCAGUCUGGGACAUGUGUCCAUGCUCCCAGAGAAUGAUCGCUGGAGUGAAACUCGCUCUCAGCUACUAGCCCAGAUGGACGUCAGUAUGGGCGGCCGUGUAGCAGAGGAGAUCAUAUUUGGCCAUGACUACAUCACAACUGGUGCAUCAAGUGACUUUGAUAGUGCUACAAAAAUCGCUAAGAUGAUGGUGACCAGAUUUGGAAUGUGUGAAAAGUUAGGCGUGAUGACCUAUACUGACAUGACAGCACAGAGCCCAGAGACACAGGCAGCUGUAGAGCAUGAAGUCAGGGUGCUACUGAAGGAGUCUUAUGAGCGUGCCAAAGCCCUGCUGAAGUCCCACGCCAAAGAGCACAAAAACCUGGCAGACGCUCUGCUCAUGUAUGAGACGCUGGAUGCCAAGGAGAUCCAGCUGGUCCUGGAGGGCAAGGCCCUGGAGACCAGAUGAAACCAGCGAGGGCGACGACAAUCAGGGGGUAGCAACGUGGGGAGGGGUCAGAUUUUAAAAGCUCAGGGGUCACAGAAGAAGGUAUGGAUUCAGUUCAUACGCAGUGAAUCAGAUGAGUGAGAAGUCAUGGCCUGCAUUCACAAAGUCUCUAGACAAGUGGUCAUGUGGGACAGUGUCAUAUCUCCAUGCUGCCACCUUCAUCAGUAUCUGAUCAGUAGUUAUGUUAUAUGAAACUUACACAGGGCUUUACAGAGGUUCAUUGUAUGUGACAAUGGUUGAAAGGUCAAUGUUAAGGAUGUUGCUCAGGUCACUUUAUUGUUGGUGGGAGGAAAUAAUACGUGAAUGUAAUUAUGCACCUCAAACAUAAACACAGCUGUGGGUAGAAUUCCUUGUUAAUGUAAAAAGAGUUUGAAGGUCUGGUAUAGUCUGUAUCUUUUCCAGACUAACUAAAUCUCAGCUCCUACUUGUCUGUUGUUUUCCAGUGUCUGUUUUCAUACUGGUCUAGAAUGCAUUCAAGGUCAGGGCUCUACUCUACAUUAGUUCCUGUGCUUCUCAGUCUGUCACAACAGCUCACUAACUGUUUUGUGUCUGGGAUGAUUGGAAGAUCAUGCACAAAUAUUCUCCUGUCCUGCUGUACCUCUGCAUAUGUCCCUGUGACUUCUUUUUAAAGGUGGCCUUUUGGGGGAAUGUACUGUAAGUGUGACUUUUUUCUUUUGAAGUAGGAAGUGUAUAAAGUUAAGCUAUAACGUCUCAGCACUUUGGGUAUGUGUACAAAUUUGAAAAUGCACUUGUGCACUCUUCAUGUAAUUUAUUUCAUUUAAGCUGUGUGUACCAAUAGAUCAAAAACUGCUGCUCAGUCUCAAAAAGCAUACAACAAAUGCAAACUGUUUAUAUAAUGAUAGUAUGACUGAGUAUUGGAAUAUUUAGGAUUUUAAAGUUGUAACAUUUAAGUUUAAAGAUUUUUAAUCUUUAGAUUAUUCAGACAAACGACAAGGCCAGUUCUCAGUGUUUGUCCAUUGCUGUCUCUUUUGUCAUUAGUCCAAAGUAGAGAGCUUUCCCAAACCUAGUGUUCUAUAAUUUUCUUUUUCAACAUAUUUUGCACAGAGCAGCCGCUGUUCAGUGCAUAAAGGAAGUUAAACUGCAACUAUCGUAAUUGUAAACUGACGUCCUUGAUUCUAAAUAUGAUUUUUCUUCAACACAGGUUGUGGGUAGCAGUUAAUCCUCUGUUAAAAUAUUGAAUGUCUGAAUUCUCAAGUGAACAGUUCAAGCAGCAGCAGUGUACGUAAUCCAUAUCUUAGCAUUCUUGAUAAUUGAUUUCAUUGAAGGUGUGGCUCUUGUCAAGAUUACCACCAGCAUAUGUUAUACUUCAUAGUGUUACCUUUUUCUGCAGUAGUUUUUUUUUUUUUUUUGCUUUAAUUUGACAAUAUUGUUUAUUGGCCUUUUAUCCAUGUUUAGUUGUGUGUGUAUAUAUGACUGUGAAUGGGAACAUUGUAUAUAGGUGUAUAGUAAUGCUUUUAUGCUGUGAACACAUUGAAUGGCUCUGCUGUUGAUUGACAAAAUCUCUCAACAAUGUGAUGGCAAUGGUAAGUGAAUGUUUGUGCAGCAGAAAUAAAUAAGAAGCCCAAAUAAAAACUCAUUUUUUUCGUGUA